AUGAACAAUCCUGAAAAGUUUGAUACACUCAAAGAUUUUGUAGAUCGCUGUUCGAGUAACAUUGACAUCAUUGUGGUGAGCGAAACAUGGGUUAAAUCUGGAGAUUCACAAAUGUUCACUCUAAACGGAUUCGAUGGAAUAUUUUCCUGCCGUGAAACAUCGCAUGGGGGACUAGCCGUAUAUGCACGUAGUGACCUGAACGUUGAUACUGAGGAAAUAGAAGAAGAUGAUGGAUUUCACUACAUACGACUUCGUCUUCGCUUGGGUAACGGGCCAUUAUCUCUACAUGCUGUUUACCGUCCUCCUGCAUUCCGCUUUGCCAACUUUGUCGAGAAGCUUGAAAGCAAGUUGUCCCGUAAUAGUAAGCACCCUAACUCAAUCCUCCUGGGUGAUACAAACGUGCCAGUUAACCUGUCGAGCAACAUAGUCGGCGAGUAUCUCAGGAUUUUGGAAUCACGCAACUUGUUUGUUGUCAACAACGAGGUCACGCGGCCAGCCAGUGGGAAUAUACUCGACCAUGUUGUAUGUUCACAGAGCAUCAUCGCUUCAACAAUGAAUGAGACAAUCUGCACGGAUAUAAGCGACCACAACAUGAUUGUUACCACGCUGUCGAGCAGUGCCAACAAAGAUGUCCAAUUCUUAAGUAAGAGCAUCGUCAUCCACCACCAACUAAACGCAGAAUUCGCAGAAGCGUUGCAGAACAUUCCGUCGACAACAUGCGCUAACGAAAAGAUCAAACUCAUAGCCGACAAAUACAACGAGAUCCGAAAUCCAUCGCCAAAGCAAUCCUGGAAAUUCUUGAACGAAGCCCUCGGCCGCAAGUCCAAAUCGCAUGAUAAUAUUACGCUCAAGAUUGGAAAUGAAGUUCAGGUGGAUCCAGCACAAGUUUCAAACAGCAUCAACGACUACUUCUGCAAUAUUGGUCCCCAAUUGGCUGCUAACAUCGCAAGCAAUCGAGACAUUCAACAGUACAAUUCACUUCGUUCGCAACCAUCGCCUUCCUUGUUUUUGAGACCGGCAACCGUCUCAGAGGUACUGUUAGAAAUCAGCAACUUAGAUUCCAACAAAUCUCCUGGUGCUGACAAUAUUACCGUGGACACACUAAAAACACAUCACUUGGCGCUCUCCGAUAUCCUGACAGAUAUCUUUAAUGAAAUAGUCGGAACCGGAGUUUAUCCCGACGCAUUGAAACUAGCCCGAGUAACUCCUAUUUUCAAGUCCGGAGACAACUCAGACGUUUCAAACUACCGUCCCAUCUCAACGCUCUCAGUAUUGAACAAAAUCCUGGAAAAACUUCUCGUCACCAGGAUAAGUGAGUACUUAUCGAGAUACGACCUUAUCAGCCCGCGCCAGUAUGGAUUCCGAAAAGGAUGCAGCACAUUAACAGCAACUACUGAACUCCUGGAAGAUGUAUAUGACGACCUGGACAAUCGUAACUACGCCGGUGCCCUGUUUUUGGACCUAAGGAAAGCAUUCGACACAAUAGACCACGCCUUGCUGUUGCAAAAAUUGGAUUGGUAUGGCAUACGAGGACACUCAAGUAGCAAAAAAAUCAUUACUACGGGAGUACCACAAGGGAGUAACCUAGGUCCGCUGAUGUUUCUAGUUUUCAUCAACGAUCUUCCACAACUGAACCUACAUGGCAAAGUCCGGCUCUUUGCAGAUGACACCAUAAUAUCAUAUAGUCACUCCAACCCCCUCCAGAUUGUGGAAUGGAUCGGUAAUGACCUGCAAGUCCUUCAGCAAUACUUCGAUUGUAACCUGCUUUCGCUCAACCUAUCAAAAACAUCGUACAUGUUGUUCAACUCCGGUCGUCGCUCCAUACCACAGCUGCCAUUAAUCCGUAUAGGUAAUACGAUUAUUGAACGAGUGCGCCAGUUCAAAUAUCUGGGAUUACUUCUGGACGAUACUCUAUGCUGGUCACCCUACAUAGAGCAACUGAAACGAACACUCGCUCCGGUCUGUGGUGCAAUAUGGAAAAUAUCAGCGUUUAUUCCUACUCACUGGCUGAAAAACGUUUACUUCGCGCUGUUCCACUCGAGGUUAUAA